AUGACGUGGUUGGAGCACUCUCAGGGCAUUCGCCACGCUCUAGAACGCUUUUGGGUAGGGUUCAGAAAUUCUGUCCGCAAGUCCCUUGAAGAAAGAAUGAAGCUCAGCACGGAGGAACUCAACGCCCACUUGGAGAUCAUAUCUGCCCAUAUCAGUCCAGAAUAUAUUCACAGUUUUGAAGACGAGGAGCAGAGAAUUCUCGCCAGUAUUCGCAGAGCCUCGGAACCAGCUGCCAUUCACAUACAGACGGAGUGGGGAACGACGGCACAGGAUACAGCAGUCGUUCCCAAGCGUAAAGUGAAGAGACGCUCUUCUGGUCCUUACCAGCUCGAAGCCCCGAAAGAGACUGAGACCAUUAUUAAAGACCAGGAAAAUAUGACUGGAGCAGAUAAUAAAGAAGAAGAAAAUAAUCCUCCAAGAAGAAUCACCGUGACGAAGCGCGCAUUCGACGUUCUCCGCCUCAUGUACCCCGAGAACCCCGAUGAGACAGGCCAAAGCGUCGGAUGGGACAGCUUCGUGCACGCCAUGUCCGACAUGGGCUUCACGGCUCACAACGCAAGUGGCUCAGCGGUCGAGUUCAGGAACGAGAGUUUCGAGCACGACAACGGACAAACCGUGAGAGGGAAGAUUGUCUUUCACAAGCCUCACUCGGUUGUGAAGAUCGAUCCGGUUAUGCUGCGGUCCAUGCGGACGAGAAUGGCCAAGUGGUUUGGCUGGGGGAGGAGCCGGUUUUUGCAGGCUGAAUUUAUCGCCAACUGGCGAAGAUGGUGCUUACCGGUUAAACCUACGCCCUGGAUUAGGGCUACCGUAAUAAGACUAAAUUUUAGGAAGAAAUCAUCGCGGUGA